UGUAUGCAAAUGUAGCCGCUUCCUAAAUUCUAUUUAAAUUAACCUAAUCGGAAUAAAUAUAUUCCUAUUUAUUUAUAAUAAAUACUUAGCCAACCUUUUAAUGUGUUUCAAGAAUGACAUAAAAUAGUUAAAUAAUAAUAAGUUUACGUCAGAAUAAUUUAAGAUUUAUAAAAAUGGAGAGAAUUUCUUUAUUUGAAGAAUAUAGAUUAGUAGAACGAGGAGAAAAUGAAGUAAAUGGAGCCUGGAAAGGCGCUCAUCUCCUUUUGUUCUUCAUGGCCUUCGUGUUCGGUUCAUUCUGCACUUUCUGCUUCCACAUACUGAUGCAUCUCUUCGAUGACAAGUGUGUACUCUUCCCCAAACUGCAAUCACUGACGUCAUUACACCACAAUGUCAUAUAUGAUUUCAUUCCACUGGAUAAAGAUUCACCCGACUUAUUGCCAGUGGAUUUUUUAAACACUCAAUGGAUGGAAAAGAAUGCAUGCUACCUACCUAUGUAUGUUCCCCUGGUAUCUGGUAUAUUUGGACUUGUCUGGACAACUAUGUUUCUUAUGUGCUCAACUGGUAGCAGAACCUUAACGGGUUUACAGAGACCUUGGCGCAUACUACCUCCUGUUUUCAUAUUCUCUUUGGCGAUGGGCGGACUCUGUGUUUACUCAUCAGCUAUUACCCACUACGGCUUGCAAGAGUUAUGCAACAAACUGAGCAAAGUCACCGGUAGCCCUAGCUGCACCUACACGGUCAAUGUGGCUACCUUGGCCUAUGAACGACGCAUACGAGGCGUAUACCAAGCAAUUAAACUAACGAUCAUCUCCGCCUGGUUACACACCGCCUGUUGGUUGUUAUCUGCACUACUAACUGUGGCCCGAGUGCUGUUGGUAGUAGACUUUCAACUAGUGCGAGUCAACGCUGAACUUGUUGGGGACGUCGAUAAAUUACUGGAAAGCUGUGAGAAACCAAUUCGUACUAUAUUACCAGAUGUGUGGUACAACACUGAAAAUGAUUCUCUAAAAUCCCUCCCAAUUCAAUUGCAAAGUAAAGUACAGUUCAAAGAUACAUCAAUAAGUACAGAGAAAGAUCUUGCCAUAGACGAUAUUGAAGAACUCUACGUUGCAAAUAGCGAUUUAUUUUAUUCCACCAAAGCAAUGAAAUCUGAACUUUCUUUGUUACUUGAAGAAAGAAAUAAAAUAGCCAAAAUACGUGCCUAUCAAUCUGUUUCAAAACAACAUAAAUUUAUUGUAAAAAUUAUAUAUAAUCUUGUGGAAACUAUAAAUUUACCAGAAAUUGAAAACAAAUUUUCAGAAAGUUCAAGUUUUGAUAAACCUCCCAGUUAUCAAUUAACAAUUACACGUCAGUAUGGACAAGAAAAAAUAUCAUCAAACAAUCGUUAUGCACCACGAAACAAUGACUCUGAGAAUUCUAUAGAUAUUCAUGAUACCAAAGAAAUAAUAAAAGGAAUAAAUUUACAAGAGAAAUUACACAUGCAAUUAAUUGACCCGCCUGCAUUGCUAAGUUCAUCAAUACCUUCGACAUCUUUAUUGGCAAAAAAGCAAGAAAAUAUUCCGCUAUUUGAAUCUACUCUGAAUAUUACCGAUGAAUUGAAAAAAAAUUUUGAAGCUAAAUUAAACUCUCAAUCAAAUGCAGAAUAUCCUUCUGAAAUUAGUACCGAGGAAAUUAAAAUCGCUAAAAAGUCUAACCUUAAACAAAUUGGUAUUCAAACGAAUAAAAAACAAAAAAGCACCAAAUCUCAAAAAGUUUAUAUAGCAAAAUCUACCAGUACUACUGAAGAAAAAGACAAAGAAACUCAAUUGCAUAACAUUAAGGAAGAUUUAAAUAAAAAAUCUGUUACUACUAGGGAAACAAAAGAACCAGAUAAAAACGAUCAAGAAACGCAAACCUCCAAGAAAGAAAAACAAGAUUAAUAAGUUAAUAUAAAAAAAAGUAAAUCUUUCUAUAUUAAUACUUAACAGUUUUGAAUAUCCUCACAACGUACAUACGUUAAUCAGUAUAUGAAUUAUCGUAUAAGUUGCAUAUAACCUACAUACGUACCAAACUUCAAUCAAAACUGUGCAGUCAUUUAAGUAUAAUUUAGUAACGAACAUAGAAAUAUCCAAAUGUCUUUAUAACCUUUCAUAUUUAUAAUAUUAGUAGGAUUCAUUUCCUUUGCAGUUUUCACCGUUGUUACCAUGUCGUUUAUGUAAUAAAUACCUACUUGUAUAGUUAACAACAAAAAUAAGAAAACCUUAUUAAAACAGAACAAUACAAACUAAGCUAACAUUCUAGUCAUUUUAUUAAAUACAUAAAAAUAACCUAAUUUUAUGUAUCAUUUCAAAAUAAACAUCAAAGGUGUAUUCAUUGCCUCUCGACGUUCUUUGACUAUUAAUUUCUUGUCGUUCCCAACUUUCGAGACUGUACACAAUCAUAAUAAAUUAUUAUGAUUCACCAAUUUUA